AUGAGUUACAUAUUUUUUAUUUAAUCAAUUACUAAAUUAUUCAAUAACUGAGAUUUUUGUGUGAUUUUUAAAUGGUAUUUCUCUUUUUACCUUAUCAAAUACAAAAUAAUAUUUGCAAUGAUAGGGAGUGUGAGAAUUUCGUGGAACAGCCAUAAUAAAGGUAAAAGGUUACAAAAUGGCGAUACGAUUGUCACAUAUUGCGAUUUUGGUUGGAAUAGUUUGUGUUAAUUUAACUGCAGCAUAUUACUGUGACAGUGGAAGGUGUUCUGAAGAUGAGUACUGUUGUGGAGAAAACAAGUGUUGCGCAUCAUUUGCAGUGUGGCAGUACUGGUAUUUCUGGUGUGGCUUGGUAUUCUUCAUUAUUAUGCUGACUGGCUGUGCAGGUUGUUGCCGUUAUCGAUACUAUCAACAAAUAGUUGUUAUCCAGCCUGGAUCUGGCGGCACUCAUCCAUACACACGACUAGAACAUUCAAACGCCUCAGUAUAUAGUCCAACAAAUGUGCCUGAUAAGUAUACCAAUAAAAGUAGCCACUUUGGACAGGAAUAUACCCCACCCCCACCAUAUAGCCCAAAUAAACCAAAGUAGUUGUUGUUGGAUCAUCGUCAAAUUAUCAUUUAGUUAUGUCUGAAAUAUGACAACAACACCGCAUGCUUGGUCAAUUUCUUAUCUUUCUGAUCAUUCUAAAUGUACAUGAUCUCUCAAGUUAGUUAAGAGGAUGUUGAUGCAGGACCCUCGAUUUCAGCACCAAGAAUUAUUGACCAAUCAAAUAUGAGAAUGGAACAGUUAAACGAUCAUGCAUUAUUUAAUGAUCAGGGUUCUUGUGACCUUGUUACUACAUGUGACGCAAAGAUCUUUAAAACUGCAAUGCAAUCAACCAUGACGAAUAUUUCAUUUUUGGAUCAGCUGGCCUGUCAGAGUUAUGGAAUGAUUUAGAAUAGAACAUUAGUUACUGGUAACCAAUAUAAACUAAUUCUUUAGCCAUAUUUUGAAACUACUGUUAAUUCAGUCCAUAUAUAAGGAAAAAGAUCACUAUAUACGAAUGUACAUCCAUGGAAGUAAAUGAUUACAUUUUAGGAAAAGGGGUAAAAGCACAUUACUUUAUAAAUCAAUUUAAAAUAGCAACAACUCUAAAUAUGAAAAAUCAAAGAAAUUUAAGAUAACAUUAAUUGGAGGAAGAAGGGAGGGAGUCAGUCUGAUUACAUUUUGGGGAAGGAUCAAAACACAUUUUUUGAACAAAUCAAUGAAUGUU